CGGCGCCCAGCCCAGCCCGGCUCCUUCAAAGCACGCGCCUCCUUUUUAUUUUUCUAUUUUCACACACGCGCGCCGAAAGCAAUCCAACCCAUCCUGCCUAGGGCGCGUUUGAAACGUCUGCUUCUCGCCUAGUGCGUCGGACUGCCCCCGUACAGACUCGCGGGAGAGGGUGGGUGUGGCUGUUGCUGUCCACGUCGUCAAAGGCUGGCCGUUUUUUAUAGCAUUUCCCAUACCGUUGGUGGCCUGGCUCGUGUUUCUCUUAUCUGUCUGCCUUUCGUCGUUCCUUUCAUUUCUACACUGUUCAUUGAACCUUUUAUGAUUGUUGCUGGAUCUUCGACACGUCCCUUACAAUGAGAUCCUUUCUUGCUGCAGCCACGGCUCUCAGCCUUGGCACUGUUGCAUCCGCCUUGAAUCAAGUCUGUGAGGGCGAGCUGUGCUACUCUCUCAGCAUUCCCGAUUCCACCGCCAGCUCCAACAAUGGCGACAUCUACUUCCAAAUCUCCGCUCCGACUUCCUACUCAUGGGCCGCGCUGGGGCAGGGAAGCGGCAUGGUGGGCGCCAACAUCUUCGUCAUGUACACUUCGUCAGACGGCAACAACGUGACCGUGUCUCCGAGAUAUGCCUCGAGCUAUUCCGAACCCCAAUACGACUCGACCGCGCAGAUCACCCUUUUGGAAGGCUCGGGAGUCAGCGGAGGCAAGAUGGUUGCGAAUGUGCGGUGUAGUAACUGUCAGAGCUGGAACGGUGGACAGGGAACAAUGGACUUUUCCGGCUCGACCGCCGACUUCAUCUACGCUGCGAAAUCCGGGUCGCCCAUCAAUUCGGACAGUCCCGAGGCCGGCAUUUCUGAGCACGACGUGAAAAGCGCGUUUUCGUGGACAAUCUCGAAUGCGAAGGGCGGCAGCGAAAACGUGAACCCCUUCGUGGUAUCUUCGGGCGGGUCUUCCUCGGGCGGUACCCCAACGACAACAGGCUCGAGCUCGGCCACGGGAGGUGCGUCGAUCCCAGCGAGUUGUACACCAAUUGCAGAUUCGGUGGGCACAUCGACGCCUUCCUCUACUCUGGCUGGCCCAUCGGGUUCAGGAUGUCCCACCACCUUCCCCACGCCAUUCCCUACGGGAAACCCGCCGGCUUGGGUUAAGGAGUGUUUCCCGGGCGCUGGUCAAGGAUCCUACCCUACGGGACCACCCAGCGUAAAGGCGAAGCGAGACGAUGGUUGUCCAGCCGGAUACGCGAGCACCAGCUCGAGUAUCAGCAACGACGGCGUCGGGCUGUCAGCGAGCCAACAACAGACUCUGAUGCUCGCGCACGGCGUGCUCGCAUGUCUAGCCUUCGUUGUCCUCUUCCCCGCCGGCGGCAUCCUCAUCCGCAUCGCCAACUUCACCGGGCUCGUCUGGAUCCACGCUGGCCUGCAGAUGGUCGGAUACCUGGUCUACAUCGUCGCCUUCGCCAUGGGCGUCUACCUCGCCACCCACCUGAACUACAUGAGCCGCGCCCACCCCAUCAUCGGCAUCGCUCUCCUCGUCGUCCUCUUCUUCCAACCCAUCCUCGGCUUCCUGCACCAUCGCAUGUUCAAACGCUCCGGCCGCCGCACCCUCUGGUCCUACGCGCAUCUCUUCCACGGCCGCUUCGCCAUCCUCCUAGGAAUGGUGAACGGCGGCCUCGGCAUCCAGCUAGCAAACACGGCGUCCUCGGCGGCGCGAAUUGCAUACGCCAUCAUCGUCGCCGUCAUCGCCGUCAUCUACAUCGCAGCUGUUGUCAAGGGCGAAAUGCAGCGGCGACGAGAUGGCCCGCCGGCCUACGAGAAGAGCCAGAGGGCGCAUCAGUUGAGGGAUCUGAGCGGUAGUGAGAGUGAACUUGCGCCUGUGCGGCCGAGCAUCUCCAAGCCGCAGCCGAUGCAGCAGCAGUAUGAGAUUCCGGCGCCGCAUCGGGACUACUAUGCGCGGGGGAAUGAUAAUCGGUUCUGAGGGUCUUGAUGUGUAUAUGAAUCAAAGGAUGGGUUUCACUGGUUGUGCUUGGACAUUGCAUUGGCGCAUCGAAUGGAUUGGGCUUUGAAUUAGAUGUGUAGACUCCGCGGGUUUGGCAUGGACAAUAUGCCCCCCAUCAUCUAGAGGGUCAAAACUGAGUAACAUGUUCAAGAGAUAUCUCGAG